CUCCACUGCUGAUACUGAUCCCCAAAGACCUUCGCGCGUGCGUGGAGGGAAAACGGCUGAGCCAGAUUGCAUGGUGGGCUGUUGGGGCGCGGGCGCGCACGCACACGGCCGGCCAUCGUCUCGUGAAGUUCGACGCAACUGCCUCCCCGCUUUUUCCCGUGAUUCUCGCUCCCUCUCUCUCCCUCUCUCGCCGUCACUCGAGAAAGUUGUGCAUACGUUUUGGAUAAGGGAGGCGUGGCGGCGGCGAUCGAGCGCCGCAGGGGACCGGAAUCGGAAGCAGCGUCGCGAGUUCCACUGGGGGAAGGGAAGUAGACGGGGAGGGGAGGAGGAGAUGACGCGCGGAAGGGUGGAGAACGACGGCGGGGGAGGAGGAGGAGGAGGAUCGGAGGACGAGGAGGCGGAGUACGAGGUGGUGGAGCUGAGGGAUCGGAUCAAAUCGUCGAGGGGGAGCCGGUUCGACCUCCUGACCAACGAGCUGGGGCUCGACUCCGCCGCUCGCCGGAAGUUCAGCCGCGAGUCCGUCAUCGGCGGCAUCAGGGACCUCUCCAGGGGCCUCGUCAUCCACCCCGAGAACAGGUAUUAUCGGGCUUGGAAAAAAUUCAUACUUCUGUGGGCUAUCUACUCAUCCUUCUUCACACCAUUGGAGUUUGGCUUCUUCAGGGGAUUGCCGGAGAACCUCUUCAUAUUAGACAUUAUUGGACAGGUUGCUUUUCUGUUUGACAUUGUUUUGCAGUUCUUGCUUGCUUACAGAGACACACAGACCUAUCGAAUGGUCUACAAGCGCACGCCUAUUGCUCUACGGUACUUGAAAUCUAGUUUUAUUGUGGACAUUCUAGGUUGCUUGCCUUGGGAUAUCAUAUACAAGGCUAGUGGAAGGAAAGAAGAAGUCAGAUACCUUUUAUGGAUUAGGUUGAGCCGAGUGCGCAAAGUCACAGAAUUUUUCCAAGAUAUGGAAAAGGACAUACGAAUUAACUACUUGUUUACAAGGAUUGUGAAACUGCUUGCUGUGGAACUCUACUGCACACACACGGCUGCCUGCAUUUUUUACUAUUUGGCAACUACACUGCCACCUGAAGAAGAGGGGUACACUUGGAUUGGAAGCUUGAAGUUGGGUGAUUACAGUUAUUCACAGUUUAGAGACAUUGAUUUAUGGAAGCGGUACUUAACAUCCUUAUAUUUUGCCAUUGUUACCAUGGCCACAGUUGGAUAUGGAGACAUACAUGCAGUCAAUAUGAGGGAAAUGAUAUUUAUAAUGAUUUAUGUGUCAUUUGACAUGAUUCUUGGUGCCUACCUGAUUGGCAACAUGACAGCUUUGAUUGUCAAAGGAUCAAAAACUGAGAAAUUCAGGGAUAAAAUGACAGAUCUCAUAAAGUAUAUGAACCGGAACAAACUUGGAAGGGAUAUUCGUAAUCAGAUCAAAGGCCACCUACGUUUGCAGUAUGAAAGUAGCUAUACUGAAGCUGCUGUUAUUCAGGAUAUCCCAAUCUCCAUCCGUGCAAAGAUCGCUCAAACAUUGUAUAUGCCAUACAUAGAGAAGGUUCCUCUUUUCAAGGGAUGCUCAUCUGAGUUCAUUAACCAAGUCGUAAUUAAGCUCCAUGAAGAAUUUUUUCUCCCAGGGGAAGUGAUAAUGGAGCAAGGAAACGUGGUGGAUCAGCUUUAUUUUGUUUGUCAUGGUCUGCUGGAGGAGGUUGGCAUAGGAGAGGAUGGAUCUGAAGAAACUGUUUCACUUUUACGGCCUAACAGCUCAGUUGGACAAGUCUCCAUUCUUUGCAACAUUCCUCAGCCUUAUACAGUCCGAGUUUGUGAACUAUGUCAGCUUCUGCGGAUUGAUAAACAGUCUCUGUCAUAUAUCCUCGAGAUAUAUUUUUAUGACGGGAGAAAGAUUUUAAACAACCUUUUAGAGGUAAGGGAAUCUAAUCUCCGACUCAAGCAAUUGGAGUCAGACAUCACAUUUCAUAUUGGAAAGCAAGAAGCAGAACUUGCUUUGAGGGUGAAUAGUGCAGCCUUUCAUGGAGACCUCUAUCAGCUAAAAGGUUUAGUCAGAGCAGGGGCUGAUCUCAACAAGACAGAUUAUGAUGGAAGGUCACCCCUGCAUCUUGCAGCAGCGAGAGGCUACGAGGAUAUUGUGCUUUUUCUUGUUCAAGAGAGAGUGGAUGUCAACACGAAAGAUAAUUUUGGGAACACGGCCCUUCUAGAAGCUAUCAAGAAUGGAAAUGAUCAAAUUGCCUCAUUACUUGUUAGAGAAGGCGCAUCUCUAAGGAUAGAUGAUGCUGGUAGUUUUCUUUGUACAGCCGUGGCAAGGGGUGAUUCCGAUUUUCUUAGAAGAAUUUUGUCUAAUGGCAUAGAUCCUAACUCCAAAGAUUACGAUCACCGAACCCCACUUCACAUAGCUGCCUCAGAAGGGCUACAUCUGAUUGCAAAGCUGCUUCUAGAAGCAGGGGCUAGUGUUUUCUUGAAGGACAGAUGGGGAAACACACCUCUCGACGAAGGUCGAAAGUGUGGAAACAAAAAUUUGAUUAAGCUGCUGGAAGCUGCAAAAUCCUCCGAAAUGUCAGAGUUUCAGCACAGCCCUAGGGAAACCGCAGAUAAAUUGCAUUCAAGAAAAUGUACAGUGUUCCCUUUUCAUCCUUGGGAUCCUCAGGAGCAUAGAAGACAUGGGAUAGUGUUGUGGGUCCCUGACAAUAUCGAGGAGCUCAUAAGAAAUGCAUUGGAGCAGUUAAAUGUUCCGUCCGCUUCUUGUAUAUUAUCUGAAGAUGCAGGUAAAGUUCUCGACACGAACAUGAUAAGUGAGGGCCAGAAGCUGUAUUUGAUUACCGAAACGCAGGAAUGAUUUGCACCAGCUAUUAUGUUGUGAAAACAAUAAACAUUGUUGUAGCUAUUAUUUUGCAUCAUUUGCAUGUGUUUGGGCACACCUCUUCAUGAGUUUCUUGAUGUUUGGUCUAGUGAUGGAGUGAUCAGGUGAUCCAUAUUCCAA